UUCAGUGUCAUAGCCGUACAAUCACUAGUUUUGCCAUUUGACCAAUACGCUGCCUCCGUUGUUGCGGGCUUGCAUCUGGCAUUUUGUUUCGCAAGUUGCGCUGCCAAGUGCACAACGUUCUGGAAUAAUGGCUCUGGCCAUUAAAAAGCCGUUUGGCUCCUAUCUGGAAACAGUGGACAGCGUGCCGGUAAAGAAGUUGCGACUGCAGGCAUUGGGUUCGGAUGCGAAAGCGGGUAAAGGUGGAAAAACUGCGAUUGCAAAUCGGAAGCUACAGGCUCUGUCUCAGCUAGACGCUUAUCUGGGCAAUGCGCCACCUCCGACAGGCCUAGCACUACGCCCUGGAGCGCAGCCGCCGCCGCCUGCCACAUCGGCUUCGGCCGGUAGCAAUACUUCCGCUGCAGGCGCGACAUCCAAUCUGACGGUCACAAAUAGCAGGGAACUGCUGGACCUGUUAGUCAAGAUAACCGACGAGAUAUCCUACCAAGACGUGGAGCUGGCGGAACUGAAGGAAGCCGCUGGCAAGAUCAUGCAACUAUAUCAGUUGCAGGAGCGCGACAGCGACACCUCAAUUCGGGUGAAGCUCCUGGAGCUAUUGUCGGGGCUGGGUUGCGAAGGCGCCACCGAGCAGGCCGUUACCCUCAUCAUUGACCAUUUUAUCUACCUGCUUCGGAGGGAGAGCUCCCAGAAGGUGCUGGCCCAGGGUAUGAUGUGCCUUUACAGGAUCGGGCAGAGGCAGAAGAGCAUGGUACCCUUGGCGUACAACACCCAAGUGGCGCAUUUGGCCAAGGAGCAGUUGCGCUCGGGCUCGACGCACACGCAAAAGAACGCCAUGCUGGUUAUUGGUCGUUUCGCCACGAAAAUGGAGGGCGAACGCCACUACGUUUGGAAAUUGGCCUUCUAUAUUGAUUCACAAGACUCUGGAGUGCGCGCCCAGGCCUUGCACGCCUUGUUGUCCCUCGGCGAGCGCGGUUCGCAGCUUCCAGCCGUUCUUUACAAGCGCGCCGUGGAGGCAAUGAAGGACGAUUAUGAGUGCGUGCGAAAGGAGGCUCUGCGGCUGGUCUUUAUGCUGGGCAACCGGCAUCCAGACUACAUAAUCCCCUCGGACCGGCAGCAAGACGACCUCCGUAUGAUAGAUGCCGCAUUCAGCAAGGUAUGCGAGGCCCUGUGUGAUCUUUCGCUUCAAAUCCGGGUGCUGGCAGCAGAGCUAUUGGGCGGCAUGACCGCCGUCAGCAGGGAGUUCCUGCACCAAACGCUCGACAAGAAACUGAUGAGCAACCUGCGGAGGAAGCGGACGGCGCAUGAGAGAGGCGCCCGUCUGGUGACCAGUGGCGAGUGGUCCUCGGGCAAGCGAUGGGCGGACGAUGCCCCGCAAGAACACUUGGACGCUAGGAGCAUCUCCAUUAUUGCAAGCGGAGCCUGUGGUGCCCUGAUCCACGGCCUUGAGGACGAGUUUCUGGAAGUGCGGACUGCAGCUGUGACGUCUAUGUGCAAGCUAGCCCUAUCGCGGCCGGAUUUUGCGGUCACCAGCCUGGACUUCCUCGUAGAUAUGUUUAACGAUGAAAUCGAAGAUGUGCGACUGAAAGCCAUCUACAGCCUGACGGCCAUUGCCAGACAUAUAGUGUUGAGGGAGGAUCAGCUGGAGAUAAUGCUUAGUUCGCUAGAGGACUACUCGGUAGACGUGCGUGAGGGACUGCAUCUGAUGCUGGGCGCUUGCCGUGUGUCCACCCAGACGUGCCUGCUGAUGGUGGUGCAGAAGCUCCUUGAUGUGCUGGCCAAAUAUCCGCAGGAUCGACACUCUACGUAUGCUUGCAUGCGCAAAAUUGGCCAGAAGCACCCGCAUUUAGUCAUGGCAGUGGCCGUGCACUUGCUGUACGUGCACCCAUUUUUCGAGACGCCGGAGCGCGAUGUGGAGGAUCCAGCUUACCUGUGCGUCCUCAUUCUUGUCUUCAAUGCGGCGGAACACCUAGUGCCCAUCAUCAGCCUCCUGCCCACGGCUACGCACCGACACUAUGCAUACCUGCGCGACUCUAUGCCGCAUCUGGUGCCUCAGCUGCCCAUCGAGGGUGCAUCUUCGGCAAGCGCGACACACAGGAUCGACUUGGCCAUGCGACAAGCAGGCAGCUCGGCGGAGUACCUUCAAAUGAUUCUUUGCCACAUCGAGGAGAUUUUUACGAUGACUGACGAGCGCGUAGAACUCCUAAAGACCGCCCAAUUCAAUCUACAGCGCCUUGGAGCCAUCGAUGCAGGCAUGUAUGGCACCUCGAAUUUCCUGGAAACCUUCUUGGCCGCCCAAAUCCAAAUCGAGCAAAUGCAGCGCUGCGCUAGCACGCAACGAAGCCGAGUUCCCCUGAAGGAAUCCCUUGCGGCGCUCAUUCGGAACUGCCUUAAGUUGCAGCACACAUUCUCUGGUCUUAAUUACGGUGACAUCCUGCAAGUGAAGCAGCUGAGGUUGCGGGCGAGCGCCCUUCAUCUGGUCCUGGUCGUCAGAGAUAGGUCGCAAAGCGCCUUGGGUCCCUGCCAGAUGCUCCUGCAAACCGCCAGCGACAUCGGUGAGUUUAUCAAGGCGAAUGUGAAGGAUGAAGAGGAACUAUCAAUGGGAGUGCCAAUACCCCUGCUGGAUGGCGAAAAAUUAGAAAAGGACUCAUCGAGACGGGAUACCCAACCGGAUUCUUUCACGCGCCAGUUACUAAGCAAGCUUGAUGCUAUAUCGGAUCCUAAGCCCGGACGCGUUUUCCGCGAGAUCUUGCCGUUGGUCCAACAAGCGCCUCCCUUGGCAUUGCCGCCUGCCAAUGAUAAGAUCCGCCGCUGUGUGGCCAACAUUUUGGAACCAUGCCCGUUGCAGUCACAGGAUAAUGUGAUUAAGGUAACCGCUGGCUUAAUAGCGGCCGUACCCUUUGUGGCAGAGAUUGACAACCUGUUGGAGUCGCAGAAGGCAGAUAUGCGAAUUAAGAUCAAAUAUCCGGAUCAGCACAUGCACACGGUAGUACCGAAGAGGAGUGACUUUAAGCCCAUAAUGACUGAGCAGGGUGAGCACGAAACGAACGUGCGCCUGCGUACAACCAUUCUGCUCUCGCAUAGCGUUUGGACGGAAGCCUCGCUUGUGGAGAUCCAGCUCUGCCUGGCCGUUCGACCCGGUAGUGAACUCGAGUUGUGUAAGCCAGCCAAGGUCCUGUUUGCCCCAAAGCCCGUCAGACGAGGUAUUUAGCCUAACGAAGAGACUGUUGAGACUACGAUUGUGGAUGCAGGCAGUGGAGCUAAUGAUACGGAUCAGUGUGAUGGAAACGGCGUUGCCAGCAGUCGGCGACGGCGGCGCAAAAGCGGUGUAAGGAGUUGACAAGGACACUCAACCGCUGGGGAAAAAGCACCCGAUGGAUAAGCACCAGCACGAUGCGAUAGUUUCUAUUAUAAAAAAAAAAACAAAUUGUGUGAAAAAACCAGCGUAUUUAUUGCUAAUUUAGUGGUAUUAUUGCAAUUAAUUUUAUAACGAUUACACAUUAUAGUUACAAAUUAUGACCAGUUAUUACACAGCCUCAAAAAUUUUA